AUGACUGAAAUUGACCAGUUUAUUCCGAAUGAUGUUGACAUGUACCAUGUCAAAAAUGAUACUAGUAAUAAUGAUGAAUCUGUUAAGCUUGUUAAGGGCCAUGAGUAUGAUGUCUGUUCUAGUGGUUGCCAAUUAUAUGACAUUAAUGAUAACCAGAAAUCUUGUGUUGACUGCAGCAAACCGCAAUACAAGACUGAUCCCAAGCAAAGUCAGACACCAGCCACCAGUAUGAAGCUAAUGUCAGUUGGGGAUAUGUUUUCUCAAAUAUUGGCAGAUCCAGCCACAAGAGAACUCCUCCGUUACAGAGCAAACCGGGAAUCUGUAGCUGGUCAGCUAAGCAACAUUUUUGAUGGUGACAAUUAUAAGCAGUUGGUACAGCAGGGUCUGUUCUCCAAUCCUGAUGAUAUUGCCAUUGAGCUUUAUACCAAUGGGUUUGCCAAUGAAAAGAAAGGCAAAAACUCAUAUACCAUCAUCCAUUGCAUAAUAUUCAACCUAGACCCAUCCAUCAGAUAA